AUGCUGAAUCUUUGCACUUGGAAUAUUAGAGGGCUGAAUGAACCCUCUAAGAUUACUAAGGUAAAAAAGCUGGUUAGUUCUUAUAAUAUAAAACUUAUUGCACUUUUGGAAACUAGAGUCAAAAGUAGUAAGUACCAGUCUAUAAUGAAUAAGUUUGGUCACUCCUGGGCUUGGGAAAAUAAUUAUUUGCAUUGUCCUAGAGGAAGGAUUUGGUUAGGAUGGCAGACUAAUUGUGUCACAGUGAAAGUUGUGAGGUGUAAUACUCAAUUCAUUCAAUGUGAGGUUAUUGAUCAGCAGUGUGUGCAUUGCUUCUUCUUUACUGCAGGCUAUGGGUUGCAUACCAUAGAUGAUAGGAAAUCUUUGUGGCAUGAUUUAGGAGAUAUUAGUUCUGCGGAUAGAGUAAAUGGUGGUAUUGUAACAUUGGCUGAAAUUAAAGUUUUUUCUGAAUUUGUGGAUUCCUAUCAGCUCUAUGAGUUGCAGAGUAAAGGUCAUUUCUAUUCAUGGCAUAAAGGAGGUGAUAUUACUAAAACUGCUAGCAGAAUUGACAGAUGUCUUGGUAAUGGGGAAUGGAUGAAUGUGAAAGGGGAUGUGUGUUCUGAAUACCUUAAUUCCUCUCUUUGUGACCACUGUCCUAUUCUUGUUAAGUGUAUUCCAGAAUCACAUGGUGGGGGUAGGCCUUUCAGGUUUUUAAACUACUUAGUUGAACAUGAUGAUUUCUUGCCUUUUGUGGAGCAUUGUUGGAAAGAGCCCUUGUCAGGUUCUGGUAUGUUACUUGUGUGGGAAAAGUUGAAGCUGGUGAAACUAAAGUUGAAGACUGUUCAUAAACAGGAAUUCCAAGGCAUUUCAAUCAAGGAGAGGAAUAGAGUCAACAGGAUCACUGAACUAAUUGAUGAUAACAGUAAUAAGCUAGUAAUGCCUGCUGAAAUUCAAGGCGAGGUUUUGAAGUUUUAUGGGCAGUUGCUUGGUACAACGGCUAACUCCUUGCCUCUGAUUGACCUUCCCACUAUGAGAGCUGGUCCCACAUUGAGCAAUUCUGCGAGAUUAUCUUUGUGCCAGCCAGUAACUGAAAGGGAGAUUGAUUUAGCUUUGAAGGGGAUUAAUGACAAUAAGGCACCAGGAAUUGAUGGAUUUAAUGCAGUUUUCUUCAAAAAAACAUGGGGGAUAAUUAAAACUGAUGUGUAUGCUGCUGUUAUGGAUUUCUUUGCUAACAAGAAGAUGCUGAAGCAAGUGAAGUGCACCACUGUUACUCUAGUUCCUAAAGUUCCUAACCCAUCUAAGGUCAAGGAAUUUAGACCUAUUGCUUGCUGUACAACUAUUUACAAGAUUAUUUCCAAAAUCUUGACUAGCAGACUUCAGAAGGUGAUUGGUUCCAUUGUAAGUGAUUGCCAAGCAGGAUUAUUCCAGGAAGAAUCAUCUCAGAUAACAUCCUAUUGGCCACUGAGCUUGUGA